UCAACUAUCGUCUGUUGCGGUUGUGCGUGUACAGACUCGCCGCUGUGGCGUCGUAAAGAGAGCGGCGACAUCAUAUGUAACCGCUGCUUUCUGGGAAGCGUGACAGCCGUCGACAAGAGCGAAACGAAUGCCGUCGCUCAGUCUCGCUCGAUUUCAAGACGAACGGUCGGUAAAGGCGACAAGGCAAGAGCUCGACAUCUACAUCAGGGCAAUAGGUCACUGAACAAGUCCGAGCCAAUGAAGUCGCCCACGGCUCAUGCUACCGUUCACACAAAACAAAUCGUAUUUCAUAAGGGUGUUCGAUACCAAGUGGGUGAUGUCGUGUCUGUAUGGGGUGACGAUGGUCUUGUAUACUACUGCCAGCUACGAGGGUUUCUGCAGGAUCAGUAUGGACGGCUGUUUGGUGCUCUAACAUGGCUACUACCGAAAACUCCUAACCCUCCAGCUUUCGAUCCAAACAAUUUCAUAAUGGGUCCCGAGGAUGACAAUGCGGUGUCUUUGGAUUAUCUCGACUUUGUGGCUUUCUCACCGUUUAGUCGUAGUCGGAAUCAUAGUGCAGAGCUGUCGGGUGAUCAUGUGGAUUUAGAUAGUAGCGAGUUGUCACAAAGUGACAGCAGCAUAGUAGAUGUAAAACAGUUUGGAAAGUCACAUUUGCAUAGCAAUUCGAUGUCUUAGCGGUACAGUAGCACUCUGCAAUAUUGUAUAGCUCAAAUAAUACUUCUCAAAAUGACGUUGUUGCUUUAA